AAUUGUCGAACUUUCCUUUCUAUAGAUAAAACUGGAAUUAACCUCAUAUUCCGUACAAAAGAUUACAAUGUUUUUAGUUUUGAGUGAGGUUACAACUAUUUAUAAAAUGAUCUAUUUCGUUGUGUGUUAUUUAAAAUGGUGAAAUAUAGUUUAAUAUUGUUAAACAUAAGAUAAUUCAUUAUUAUUAAUAUAUUUUAGUAUUGACAAGUAGUAAUUAACAAUUUCUCAAGAAAUUUCUAUUUCACAAUUUCACAAUGGAACAAAUACUUCUGUAAAAUAAAUAAUCCUUGGUUUAAUUUUAAUUUACUCAUUUUCAAUCAUGGCUCUCUUAGGAGCUCAAUUAGUUAUCACACUUAUUAUGGUCAGUGUCAUUCAAAAAUUAACUCCACAUUUUUCUUUAGCAAGAUGGAUUUUAUGUUCUACUGGGUUGACACGUUAUUUGUAUCCAACUGAUCAGCAGCUUAGAACUCUUGCUGGUGUACCAAAAGAAAAACCUAAAAAAGGCAAACAUACAGAAAAUGGAAAGGUUAAAGAAGUUUUUCAUGUUCCUAGAAAUUUAGAUAUUACGCUUGAGAAUACUAAAAUAACUAUAUUAGAUGUAGUACAUUUAAAAUAUUAUACAGAAUAUCAGUGGUUAUUGGAUUUUUCUAUUUAUGCUACUGCAGUUUAUGUUAUGACAGAGAUAUAUAAUUAUUUAUAUCCAAUCAAAGAUGAAAUUAAUUUAAGUAUGCUUUGGUGCUCAUUAGUUUUGGGUUUUGCAUUUAAAGUAUUACUUUCCUUGUGGAUACAAUAUUUCAAAGGAGAAGAAAGCAUAGGUGAAAGAUCUACAUGUAUUGUAACUGGAUUUGCUUAUCUUCUUAUAGCUAUGACAAUUUUUAUUGUUGAUGAAAAUAAUCUUGAAAUUGGAUUGGAUAAAGCUUAUGCAAGUUUCAAUCAUAGUGCAUCUCUUUUUUUAAAUAAUCAAGGUCUUUCUUCUACAGGACCUGCAUCAAAAAUUAUAGUAAAGUUCUUCCUUGCUUUGUGGUGUGGUUUACUUGGUUCCUUGUUUACUUUUCCAGGUUUAAGAAUAUCAAAAAUGCAUUGGGAUAUAUUAAGAUAUUAUAAAGAUCAGAAAUUAUUAUUAUUAAUAGCAAACAUCAGUUAUGCUUCUCCACUUUUAUUAAUAAGCUUAUGGAUUAAACCUAUAAGCAGAGAUUAUCUCACUAUUCGAAUAUUUAGUGGUAUGAGUGGGCCAUUGAUGACAACUUCAACUUUUGAGAGUAUGAGAUUAAUUGCAAUUAUUGUUGCAGUUUUGUUAAAAUUUUUAUUGAUGCCAAUAUAUUUACAAUCAUAUCUUAAUUUAGCUAUGCAAAGAUUAGAAAAUCAAAAAAAAGAAGCUGGUAGAAUUACAAACAUAGAUUUACAAAAGAAGAUUGCUGCAGUAUUUUAUUAUUUAUGUGUUGUAGCUUUACAAUUUAUCGUUCCGAUAAUUAUAUGUUUAUUUUUUACAUUCAUGUAUAAAACUCUAGGUGGUUAUACAUGGGAAGGGUUUUUAAAAGCACCGUUACUUGAAGAAUGCCCAGCUGAUGAAUUACCAGAAUUUAUAUCAGAUGUAAUAAGUAAUUAUGAUAAUGAAAAAACUGUUGUGCAAGCAGCACAAGAUUUUCAAUUUACUCUAAGUUCCUUAAAACAGAAUUCUAAUAUAUUUUUAUACAGAUAUUUACUGUGGAUGUCUAUAGAGGAUUAUUAGGUUUAGCAACAUGGUGGAGUUGUUUUUCAUUAUUUGCAACUACCGCUAUGGGUAUGUUUUAUCAAUCAUAUUUCUCUAACAUGUAAAACAAUAUUAUAAAAAAGAAUCAUUUCGCACAAAUUUAUGUUAUGAUUAAUUUAUCAAUACUAAAAUCAUUGAAAUAUUUAUAAACAUAAUGAAAUGAUGUAUUUUGAAAAAUAUACCUAUUUAAGGUAUGCACAAUAUUGAUUGUUUAAAGGAAUUAAGGAAUUACUAUUAUUAAAAAUUUUAUAAUAUGAAUAGCAAUAAAAAUUUUAUUAUUAUAACAUGUAUAAAUAUUAUAUCAAAAUUAAAAUUACAAAUAGACAAUUGUAUCUUUGUAUUGCAAAUUUUUUAUAUUGGAUAUUAUACUAUAUAACAUGCAAUGUUUAUAUAAAAAUUUAAAAGAACAUUUUGUAAUAUAAAAUACUGCAAAUUAUUGAAUACAAAAGAGUAUAAAAUAUUUUCAAAACAAAUUUAAAAAAUGUUUUACAAUAAAAAAUAAAUAAGACUUCUAUGUGUGCAAAAUAUGAAUAAAUCAAA